UUUUAUUCUUACUUGUCCAUUUGUUAAAGGAGAGGGAAAAAAACUUAAUUUCACAUUUUGCUCGCUUUAUGAACGAAUUUAUUAAUUCUACGAGUAGUUUUUAUUUAUCUUUUCCAAAUGAAUCUCGCUCCCUUUGGUUACUGUGUUGUUAUGGGUUACAUCUUUUCCUUUGAUGUGGUCGCGCCAAGUGUUGCCAAGGCAACCCGAAACUACUUUCAUUUUCGACACGUCACUGGAGGAGGAACAGGGAGGCUGCAGUGGGACGGCCCGCCACGAACAUUCAAAAGAGCUUCCGGUCGUCCCCACUCCGGACAUUUCUCACAUAUUUCCAAGAAGAAGAAGAAGAAGGAGGAGAAGAAGAAAAAGUGUUUCUCUUCAGGUCGUUCAAGCUGUGCAGCAGCAGCAGCAGGCGUGGGGAGUUCAUUGCAUUUAGCCGUAAAUAAGCUCGGUUCGCUGCAGGGCCUGCUCGCUGACCAGUGAUGGACCCGCUGGACUUCCUGGAGCACGACGAGCUGCUCACCUUUUUCCACUGUCGUAAAACAGAAAUGUCCUGCAUGGAAAACCCGCAAGUCUUCCUGAACCAGCUCAGGGACCACAACCUGAUACCGGAAGACAAGUACAAGACGACGAUCCGGGUGAGAAGUAAAGAUAAAAUGAGAAGAGCUGUUUACGAACUCCUAGACUGGAUUGAGAAAGAGAACUCGGAGCACAUCCCGCUGUUCUGGAAAUGUGUCUUCAAGGACGUCAUCAUGAGCCAGUAUCCCAUCCUGAAGCUGCUGCACAACAGCCUCAUGGACGGCUCUUUCCACUUUGACCCAAAACUGCCCGAAAGGAGGGAAAGCGAAGAGAGCGACGAAAGGGGAAGCUCGAAGGUUUCCGACGGCGAGGAGAAGGAAACGAAAAAGACCGCCAAAGGGAAGAGGAAGCUCAGAAGCGGGAGCAGCGAAUGUGACGAUGAGCAGCCGGGCUUGUCAGCAAAACAGACUCCAAGUCAGAAGAAAAAGGCCAAGAAAAUACAUUUCUCGUCUCCAAGGAAGGGGGAGGCGGGUGAGAUCUGGACCUGGCCGCUCUAUAAGACCCAGCUGCCUGUGACCUGUGGCGAGGUGGAGGGGACGCUCAUACGAGACAAGCUGGCUAAAGGUGAAAAGUGCAUCCAGGUGGACAAACAGCUGUUCACGCCAUCUGAAUUUGAGAAGUUUGCGGGGAAAGGAAGCGCCAAGAACUGGAAAUUGAGCAUCCGAUGCAAGGACACCCCACUGGGAAAACUUAUCAAGGACGGGCACCUGAAGGCAGCGGUCUACAACAGAAGAAUCAGAAAGGCCAGGAAAGUCCUGUUUGAUGCCAGUCAUUCAAACACAGAUGAAGACGACAGCGAGGAUGAAGAGGAAGCACAACCUUUACCAGAGGAAGCCUCAGGAGAAGAGACGGAAGAGCGAGGCGAGCCGACGCGAGUGAGCCCGGAUCAUUACAAGAGCGUGUUCAAAGUGACGUGUGGAGCCUUAAAUGGGACUUUACACAAACGUCGGUUCGCAUCAGGGAAAUGUGGGAAAAGUAUUCGCACUGAGUUGAGCUGGAUGAGUCCGGAGGAGUUUGUGAUCACAGCACUGAACCAGAGAGACGCCUCCUGGAGGAAGGACAUCCUGUACGAAGGGGAACCCCUCAGCGUUCUCCUGGAGGCAAAGGUCUUGAUGAUCCAUUCGCUGCUAUGCAAAUGCCCACGCUGCAAACCAAAACCCGGAGACCUGGACGAUGACAAAAAUGACGACGAGUGUUUCAUCUGUAAAAGUGGCGGAGAGGAGGACUUGGUGGAGUGCGAUAAAUGUCCGAGAUCAUUUCACCAGAACUGCCAUCUGCCUCAUAUAGAGGACACGAUAGUAGAGGACGACAACCAGUGGCUUUGCACAUUCUGCGUCUUUAAACUCACCUAUGAAUGCCGCUACCCCGACGAGCAGAGAACCGAAGCCGUCAUGUCCCGUCAAAUAUCUCAACACCGGCUGGAAUGCCAGUAUCUCCUCCUCCACCUGUGCAGCGCUGAUGAGGAGCAGAUAUUUGCCACCAACCCGAGCCAGUAUCUGAAAAAUUACUGCAGCGUCAUUAAGACUCCGAUGUGGCUGGAUAAGAUCGCAGGCAAACUUCAGAGGAACGAAUACGGGACUGUUGGCGAGUUUGUGUCAGACGUUCAGCUCGUUUUCACCAACUCUGCCACUUACAACCGGAACAAUCCAGAAUACCUGGACAUGGGCCAGCACCUGAAGCAGCUAUUUGACAGAGAAUUCAAGAAGGCCUUCGACAUCCGGGACUAGACCACAGACUGACGGACCACCACUUACAGACACUGGCUAUUCAUAAAUAACAUUGAGAUGCUAUGCUGAUUAAUAAUGGGAUUACUCUUUAUCUAACCAGGAUCAAUUUUUAAAAAAACUAUUCUGUUUAAUUAAUGAAAGAAAAUGUUAAAAUACUGCUGAAUGUUUGGCACACUCUUUGAAAAACGUGCUUAGAUAUGAACUGAAGUAGAGCUGACUCUCAGUACGAUGCUCUGUGCUUAUCUUCAUCACGAGAGUCUUAGAGUAGACUCAGAAGAGACAUGCAAAAGUCUUUAUUUUAAUGCGCACAGGAAGGCUUCCCAAGGAAAUGCACACCAAACAUUAACACUUUAGUGUGGGGACAAAACAACAAGGUAGCCAAGAAGGUGGGUUCAAAGCCCGGCCUGGAUGCAUGUUCUUCUCCAGAUCGUCUAAAAACAUCCCUGUUGGGUCAGUUGGUCUCUUUACUGUGAGUGUGUGUGUGUGUGGUUGUACGUCCUGUGUGUUUCUGUGAUGGACUGGCGACCCGUCCAGGACGUACCCCGCCAAUGAACACUAGAGAUAGGCACCAACCCAAGUCACUGACCUUCCGGUCCCUAAUAUUUCACAAUUAUUUGUCACUAUAAUCUGUCUAAAAGAGAUGCACAAUGGAAACUCAAACGUCUGACGCUGAGGGGGGAUAAAAUGGCGGCGUAACCUGAGAUGUUUACAGCUCCAUUUAACCAAAAGACCAAUUUCCUCCAUUUUUUUUAACACAAGAUUUUAAAGUGUUAAAACGUAGCAAGAUUAUGUCACUUUGCAAAUAUUUCAGGCCUUAAUGUGUGAAAAUUGACGGAGGACGCAUGUUGCUGAAAUGAUAACGAUGCAUUGUGGGGGGAUGAACUGCCAAAGUUCUCCAAAGCUUUUAUCCGACAUUACGAUCGCACGAAGCGUCGCAAAACCACCCUGAGCGAAAAACCAACCUGGAUUUAGCUCUCACAGAUUAAAACUGAAUUUGCCAUUUGGACGUUUUAACAUGGCCGAAGUCUCACUAAAACUGCUUUAAUCCAUAGGGGAAAGUUAGGUCUAAUUUUUGACCAAACUGGCCUGUUGAGGUCAAGUUUGUAUUUGCAGCCACUUUAGAAGUUUUAUUAUGUUGCUGUUUGUCUUUGUUAAAAAUCCAAAUUCUGGUUAAGCACUUCAGUUGAUAACUCAGAUAAGGAUUUGAUGGUCAGCAUGUCGACCUUCAGGCUUUCAUGUAAAGAGGAAUGCGUUACCACAAAGCGAGAGAAUGUAUUAUUAAUAUUAGUUGCCCACAAAAGCUGAUGCAGUUGUGCGUUAAGCCUGAACUGCCUCCUACGCACAAACAAAAGAGUUAUCGACCGUUUAUCUCUUUGGGAAACUCUGUUUUUUCUUCUGAAAGGAUCUCUGAAAUCUUAAUUUUCAAUGCUUUUGUGAGAAAACUGUAAACAAAAAUGACCAACUGUUCAACACAAUUAAUACCUUAAGCUCUUUUUUUAAUGCAGGACCAAUGCAAUUUGUAAUAACGGUUUCUUUUUUAAUGUUUUUGUAUGUUUUAUGCUUAAAGGAAUUUUUUUUCUUACAAUGUGAUACAAUGUUCAAAACUACCAAAAGGUUUACACUUGUCUGAACUGAGUUAAGCUGGAUGCCUUGUGAAUGUUUCUGUAAUAAAUUAACCCAGAGUGUUUUUCUAAACUUGUGCAAGUUGACAAAAAAAAAAACAAACAUUAUUGUUGGAUGUUUAGAAGUACUUAGGUCUUAGCUUAGACCUCUUGAAAACCCCAAAUUCAGCCAAUAGUACAUUUUAUUUCAUAAGAACAAUAAAAAAUUAUAUAUCUUUAAUUUGAUAAAUGUGAGCUUGUACACUUAAUAUGUAGUUUGCAUGUAUUAUUGUCAGUUUUGACUCAUCUUUGGCAACCAACCUGUAGUUUUGCUACGGACUUAAUGAUUUUAUGGCCCCCCUUUUUUUCCUUCCACUCAAUUUUCCUGUGAUCUGUGUGGAGCAGGUCGACAGGCUCCUAAGUUAUUACCAACUUGCCUUUUAUGAAUUAAAAAUGAUCAUAGAGGCUAAUAUCA